AUGAUCAUGCACUAUUGUGGAGUUGGUUUGCAUGUUUUUGUAAUUAUUACCCAAAGGAGUUACAAUAAACAGUUCCACAAGGUGCCUGCGAACCGUGAGGAGCUGCUCAAACAUGAGCUAGAAUUGCCAGAAAACAAAUUUGCAUUCACAUAA